ACAAGAAGAACCUCGUUGAGCUUUACAAAUUGGAGGAUAACAAGUAUUCCAUCAAGGACCUUGAAACAAUGACUCAAGAUGAAGAUAAGAGUGUACGGGCAUUUGGGAUGCGUUUCCAAAAGAUCUCCGACGUGCUGAUGAAGAAGGGGAAGAUCUCAGAGGUCGAGCGUUGUACUAUCUUCAUCGGACACUUGUCCGAAGGCAGGCAGAAGAGUAUACUAAGAAAUCUUCCGCGCGACAGGCUUGAUUUCCCAGAAGUCCUAAAGCUCGCGAUAAAGGCAGAGGCAGACGAUUACAAGGACUUGGUGUGGAGAGGGAUGAGGAGACGUGACUCCUCUCUCUACAAGGAGUAUGCCACUGAUAGAUGUCAUGAUUUCAAGGAUUAUCCCUGGUCGAAGAAGAAUGAGGUCGUGGCUGAGGAAGUGAAGGAGAUACGGGACAUGGUGAAGGGAUUAACGAGACAGGUUACGGAGAUUGUGACCGCUACAGGGGCCACGGCCUACCGGGACAAACCUGGAGGGCCCUAUUCACUUCGCUGGGACCGUAGGAACAACGAUCCCUGGAGGAGUGUCGAGGAUAGAAAUCCUCGGACGCUGACUGAUUAUCGUACGAGGGGAAGAGAGAGAGACGAUGAAUCAUGGCGACGUAGGGACGAUGAGAUAGACCGAGACCGCAGAGAUCGCGAGCCGUUUGUGCGAGAAAGGAGGCUGGAUGAUUACCCGCGAAGCCCUUGCUAUGAGGCCGAUCGGGGUAGAGGCGACUCCCGCGGCCGAUGGGAGAUAGAACAGGGCCGACGAGAUGGAUAUAGGGACGACAGAUACGAGAGAUCGGACCGAGAUGGAUAUAGGGACGACAGAUACGAGAGGUCGGGUCGAGAUGGCUACAGAGGAAGUAGAUAUGAGAGAGGAGAUCGGGACAGGGAACGACAAGAUGGGUCGCGCGGACGGUUUGAGCGCGGGGAAGAUCCGAGAGAGCAGCGCGACGAGUCGCGGGGGUGGUACAACCGAGGGGACCGACGCGAUGAGUCACGAGGACGAUAUGACUUAGGGGACCGCCGGAAUGAUUCGCGAGGGCGGUCUGAGCAAGGAGGGUUUGGAGGAGACCGGCGCAACGAUCCGCGCGAUCGGAAUGAAAGAGGGGGAUAUGGCGUCUCAUCAGAACCAUAUCCCAAGUCGCCUGACCCCAAGGCGACCAGGAGUUCGAUCUCUAGAGGCGCAGACGACAGGGCAUCUACUCCCAAGAACACAUGCGUCUACUGUAAGGGAGAAGAUCAUAUCAAGAGGGAUUGCCCGGACCUCAAACGGGUAAUAGAUGAGGGACUUGUCGUGCUUGACGACCGCAGCGACACGGAGCGCGGUAGGAUUGACCCUCGAUACGCUAAGCCAGCGAGGAUUUAUACGAUUCCAUAUGUUCCUUGGAAUGACGCCGGAUGGAAAUACGCCCAGAAGGAGAAGGAAAAAAUUAUCGCUUUCCUGAAAGAAAAGAUGGUUUUCCACGUUGCGGAGCCGUCUAAUAGCGCUUAUGCUAAUCGAUGGUUCUUCCUACGAAAGCCGAAUGGCAAGAUCCGAUGGAUCGAGGACCUUCAGAAAGUGAACGCGAUGACGAUACGAGACGUGGGCUCCGUGCCACACGCCGAUUUACUGGCAGAAGGCGCAGCAGUGGGUGAUGUGCUGUCUCAGAAGGACACUGGAGGGAAGGAAAGACCGUUAAGAUUUGAGAGUAGGACACUUAAUACGGCUGAGCGUAACUACAGUCAAUUCAAGAAGGAAGUGUUAGCUGUUCUCCGGUGUCUAGACACGUUCAGACACUAUAUCUAUGGGCGACGGUUCAUCUUGAGAGUAGACCCCACCGCGGCUGCCUCUGUCUUCCAGAAGGACUUUAGUCUGACGGACCCGACCAUCGCCCAAUGGUUAAUACGGAUUCGGCUAUGCGAUUACACGGUUGAGAGAAUAUCUGGUACUAAAAAUGUCGUGGCAGAUGGACUUUCACGCAUCCCUCUCGAGCGUCCAAUAGUAGUUGGGGCUCUGACAAUGGCAGAGCCGAGGCGCGCCGAGAAAUUUCUAGUUAAUCUUUACGAGGGCAAGUAUCGAAUGAUCGAACUACACCUGACGGGAGAGGAGAGUCAAGAUUCAGAUAUCCGGAGGCAAGCAGCCCAGUACUGCCUUAGAGCGGGCCACCUUUUCCGAAGGCCAGUAGGGUCGGGGAUGCCCUUACGAGUAGUCUGUGAUCCUGAGGAGAGACAGACGAUAGUUGCGGAACUUCACGACGGGGUAGUCGGAGGACACAGAGGAGUUAAAGGAACCUACGAAAAGAUACGCCGGCUGUAUUGGUGGGAUGGACAGUAUAAGGACGUCGAGAGGUACUGUAUGACAUGCGAAGAGUGCCAGGAAAGAGCUCUUGUGAAAUACAUCGUGAACUUCAUCCAUCCUAUCCGACCAGACCAGGAGAGAAGGUACACAUUGAUCUAGUGAAAAUGCCGAGAGGGGUAGGCAAUAUGAACUACGUCGUGAACAUACGAGACGAUUUCACUGGGUUCGUAAACGGUAGACCUAUCAGGAGUAAGGCGGCAAAGGAAGUAAAGAACUUUGUCCUAG